AUGUCUCUCCAUCUGUCUCAGUUGCGAGACUAUCAAGUCGGCAAAACCUUAGGCGAAGGUACUUAUGGGAAAGUCAAGUUGGGUCUCAAUCUGAACACGAGGAAAAAGGUGGCUGUCAAAUUCAUCAAACGAGAAAACAUCAAAAAUGAAAAGCACAUGACCCGAGUCAAUCGGGAGAUCGCAGCACUGCAUCUAUUAGACCACCCAAAUAUCGUGAAAUUGGAGGACAUCCUCGAUACACAAUCCGAAAUCAUCCUGAUUAUGGAAUAUGCUGAGGGUGGCGAAUUGUUCGACUACAUUGUUGCCCACCGUCAGGUCAAAGAAAAAGAAUCGAGAAAGUUUCUGAGGCAAAUUAUAUCCGCUAUAGACUAUUGUCACGGGAAUCAAAUAGUGCACCGCGAUCUGAAACCAGAGAAUCUGCUGCUGGAUGCCAAUAACAACAUCAAAAUCAUUGAUUUUGGAUUCAGUAAUACGUAUUCUGACGAUGGGCUUCUGGAUACGUUUUGUGGCUCACCCUUUUACGCAGCCCCGGAAAUGGUGGGGGGGCGCAAGUACUGCGGCCCUGAGGUGGACAUGUGGAGCAUAGAUGCUCGAAAUCUCAUCCGCCGCUUACUAACGGUCGAACCCAGCAAUCGAGCCAAGAUGAAUGAGGUCCGUGCGAAUGCGUGGGUCAACGAGGGCUACAAUUCACCGCCAGAGCGGUUCGAGACUCUGAACAAGGAAUUGCUAAGCCAGGGCUACCGAGACGCUUGGGAGGACCACUCUGUUUUCCCGCCAAAACUUACUAUGCGUAACAAGAAGCCCAGUCCCGGGGAUGCUGGGGAUCUGCCAGGACCAGCCAGCAAAAAUAAAGUCGUAAGAGCUUAUACAACGGGGAGUGAAAAGGAUUCGAAUGCGAGUACAAGUACAAGCACGGGGGAGGACAAAGGCAAAGCCGAAGGAUCACACACUGAUAAGAAGCCGGAUAAAGCUACUGAGGACGCGCCGGGUUCACCUGAGGUGGAAAAGCCCGAAAAGGAGACUGCGAAUGUAAGGGCCGAUGGGGAGGCAGGGCAGGACGGGACGGUAGGUAGUCUCGUGAGUACGAGCGUAGACUCGGAUAGCACAGCAACAAGGCACUCGGGGGGGGUCUGUGGAGGGUGUGGUGAGUGA